AUGGGUUUAAGUUCCAAGAGAAGAGAAACGCUUUUGUCCUUGAUAGCCAACAUGGCCAACGUGACGUCACCUGCAAACUGGCUGUUGUUAGCUGAGAUUUUUUCACGAGGCUGGCGUCUGACAAAGGGUACCAUAUUUUUUUGAUAGAGCCCCAGGGCUCGAAAACAGUACGGGUCUGCUGACAAUGCAUGUCAACAUAAACUUCAAGUACAUCACUGGGGUAAAAACAGCUGUAAAGAAACACGAAUAGUAUCCCAAAUUGUUUACAUGUUCAAACAGAUGCAGUAUUACGCUGAUUUAGCAACAGAACGGGAACGUCAGUUGACGACGGCGCGCGCAAAAUAAACAACUGGAUUGACCAAUAGCAGAGCGGCAAAUUGGGCACCGGAAGUCGUGUUCAGUCCUUUCCGGACUCUUUCCCGUUGUCAACUGACGUUCCCGUCCUGUUGCUAAAUCAGCCUAGUUACUCUUCAAAGUUUAAAAUUAACGCAGGGGUGUUGAAUUCAAACUUAGAAAAUACUUUACAGCUAGCUCUGAAGUUAAAACUGUUUCUGUAUUAGUUAUGUUGAUCAAAUUUUCAGUUUAUAGGAAAGUAACAAGCAGUCGUAAACUAGAGGAAAAGAGCAAUCUAUUAAGCUUGAGUUUAUUCCAAAUGCGUGUAAAAGUAAACGGAUCUAAACCAUGGUGUAAUUGCUAUUUGUUUUUUUAGAUAUGGACCUUAGAAUUAUCCUUGCAUCUUGCCUUGUGGCGUUAGCGUGCAGCAAAUCAAUCGGUAAGACAUCCAUCUUAAAUCACGUGACUAAUGACGUUAAAGUGUACAACAUAAAGGCAGUAUUCAUGCAUGUAACCUUGAAGCAAAUAUAAAAGUAAAGAAGAUCUUUACCUGAAUAAGCCUGUCUGUCUGAUCGGGCGCUAUGUCAGUAGAAGGUAAAUAUGUCAGUUAAUUAAAUAUAACGGUUUUGUGCCUAUCGAAAAAAAAUUAAGGUCGAAGUAAGAUAACACUUAACAAGACUUUGAUUAUUCCGGAUAUCACAAAAACCGAAUCCAAUUAUUGUUUUACGAUAUGGUGUUUUGAAGAUAACAACGACAAACACACUGCCCCGUGGAACACUGUUUCACAUUGCUUUUGCAAAUUAUGCAUUGCUGGCGCAAGCUACAGAUUAGUCAGCUAUCUGAAAGCAAAUAACUAAGGAUGCACUGAUUUCCAACAUUAUUUUUAGGCUCUGAAACAAUGAGAGUACAGACAGUGAGCGCAAUGUAUAAUAAUGUUAUUUAUUGCUUUUUUUAUUUUUUCAUUUAAAGAGGAGAAGGAGAAGCGCGAGGCAAGCCCUUGUGGCUAUGGAUGCCCAGCAGUCUGUGCUCCAGCUUGUGAACCGACGUGUUGCGCACCACCACCACCCCCACCCCCACCACCAUGCCCCGUCCCAGUACCAGUGCCAUGCCCACAGCCAGGACCCCCAGGACAACCAGGAUGCAUGGGACCACCAGGAUUACCCGGAUGUCGUGGAUUCCCCGGUGCCCCCGGAUGUAUGGGACCCAUGGGACCUAUGGGACCACCCGGCGCACCAGGAUGCCCCGGUCUUCCAGCACCUCCACCUCCACCCUGCCCACCCAUCUGUAUUCACCACUGUAUGAAAAUCUGUCCACAGCCAUGCUGUGCUCCUCCUCCCCCAGUAUACAUCCCACCACCUCCUCCUCCCCCUAUGCCAGUUUGUGCUCCAUCAUGUGCUCCAGCCUGCUGUAAAUAG